AUAAAAAUAUAUGCAAAUAUGCACAAUUAUAAAAAAAAUUAUUAUCAAUAGUAAAUUAUAGAGUUCAAUAUUUAUUUCAUCUUGUCUAUACUUUGAAUGGACACUAUCGGAGUCAGAAACAUAGUUGUUGGCAUUUCCUAACCUAGGCAGUGAUCCUGCACCAGAAUCUUGCUCUAGCACUCCAAAAAAGGGAUCUUGAGUUUUGAAUUUUGGGAUCUCUAUCCCUAUUGUUAGGGAUCUCAAUCCCCACCUUAAAGACCAAGAUAGCUAUUGAACUGAUGAUUUCCUUUAAUUGUAUCAAGUUGGCAAUGCAACUAUUUUAAUAUAGUUGCAUCACAUUGCUUGCUGACAAUAAAUAAAGAGAUUGCUACUUUAGAUAGUAUAUAGAUAGUAUAUAUACUAUCUAAGUUGGGGGCAAGAUCCCUAACAUUUGGGGACCUCGGUCACUAACAUAUACGUUGCACAAACGGUUUCCCAAACCAUAUGGAUCUUCUAGCCUUUUAGGAUCUCCUGCUCCAGAUCCCUAUCCUACUCCCGAUACUGCUCCUGAUCCCAACCAUUGUCAGAACUUGUUGUGAACAAGUGCUUUUUGUGAGUCCUUAUAUAUACUAUAAAAUUGGAUCUAAUUCUUUUUUUCUAUAAUUAAGAAGAAUAUAUAUUAUUUGGUCAUUAAAAUGUUAGAUAAUGAUAUGUGUUUGUGUGUGUGAGAGAGAGAGAGAGAGGGUGGUGGGGGGGGAGAGAUCACUCUAUUUUUUGGUUUAGCAAUGUUAUGCAUCAACUUCUAAUUUGUUCAAUCUCAGAAAUGAGUUUCACCUGCUUCUGUUUUUCAAUUUUCAAGUUUUUUUUGAAUAAUCUUAUUACUAAAUAAAGGUAACUAUGUAACAAAUGAAUGUAUGGCUAAGUGGUACAGUGGACUUUCUUAAAGGUCUGUCUUCAAUUUAGGAGAUCACAACUUCAAAAACCAACCAUGUAAAUUUCAUUGUCUUUAAAGAAAAAAAAAUUCAAAUUAAUGAGGCAAACUGCAUGUCUCAUCGUGAGACAAGCAUAUCUUAUCAAUUAUGUGACCAGAAAUGCCACCUGUCCCUUUCAAAGCUGUGUCUGCUGUGUCCGACAUGUUUUGCUGUGUCGAAAUUGUCACAAAUGAAAUGGAAGAAAAAAGAGGAGAGAAGGGGGGGUUGACUUUUCCAGAUGUGCAGGUGUUUGUUGCUUUCUAAAAGGGGGUGGUUGUGAAAUACGACUUUCAGAACCAUUACUAAAGCUUCGAUCAAGUGAUGACCUCAAGAACACUUUAUUGCAUGAGAUGAUUCACGCAUACUUGUGGCUUCACACAAAGAACCAGGACCAUAAUGAUCAUGGCGCUCACUUCCAGAAACUGAUGAGGGGAAUCAAUUCAAGCUCAGUGGAUGAUCAUCAGAGACCAGUUGGUGGUUACAAAAUCACCAUCUAUCAUUCGUUUCAUGCUGAAGUUGACAGUUACAGAGUUCACCAUUGGAUGUGCCAAUCUUGUGGAGAUUUGGUUAAAAGGGCAAUGAAUAGGGAGCCUUCGGCUAGUGACUGCACUGAAAGAGUCUCCCACGACAGAUCUUGUGGCAAUGCAUAUUGUCAUUGGCACAGACAUAAGGAGGCAUGCUCUGGUAGUUACAAGAAGAUCUCUGAGCCUCUUGGCUAUGGGAUUAAGACAAAACCAAGGACUGGCAAGCGUCGCCCUCGUCCAGUUAAUAUGGAAGGCCCACCACAUGAACCUACCAAGGGUGCUCUGUAUUCUGUUGCUAAAUCUGAAGGAAAGAAGAAAAUCUUAAAUAUUCGGCCCCAACUUGAUACCAUUGAUAAAUUCUAUCCCGUUCUGACCAAACCUAGCACUUUGCAAAGCACAAACAAGGGUGACAUCUAUGCACCAGCUGAUGGGUCAAAAGUCAAUGAAGCAACUGAGCCAAGCUCUGCAGCUAGGAAGAAACUGAAGACAAUUGAGCCGAGCUGUACAGCUAUGAAGAAACUGAGUGACUGUAAAAUAGAGCUGGAAAACUCAAAAAACUGCGAAACGGACUUCACAGUGAUAAGUAAAUGGAUGGGAUGGUAUUCUUAUGAGAGACAACAGGAUGAGGAGUGUGUCGAGCCAUUAAUUAAUAAAAGAAUGGAGAGGAGAAGAAAGCAGAGGCUAUUGAGAAAUACUGAAGCCCAAAAGGAGAAUUGUGUGGGAUUGGAUAAUCAUGAUUCAAAAAGAAUAGUGGCUGUUAGAGGUGAUAUAAAUGUUGAUCAAGUUUGUGGUGGUGGUAUUGAUGGUACCUCAGUAAUGAGUUUUGUGGAGCAAGAGCAUGAGAAAGAUCCACCACAAGUUGGUAUUGUGGAAGCUCUUAGAAGGAAAAGGGCGUGUUCCUCUGACAAGUUUGUUGAUGUUGGGGUUGAUGUUCUUGAAGUUUCUGACAGUGGGUCGGAUUGAAAAAGGUAUAUCUAUAUAUGUGCUCAUGGAAAUUUAUAUGAUGAAACAACAUUGUGAAUACUUUUUUUGGUCAGUAUAGAAGUCCCUUAUGUUCUUUGCAAUGAAGGUGUAGAGUUGGAUGGACAUGGAAAUCAUAUGAGCUACUGACUAUCGAGGGAAUGCUAUUUGUUUUGUUUUGUAUAGAAAUCUCAAAUGCUCUUCACAAUGAGAUUAUAGAGUUGGAUGGACAUGGACUUUGAGAUGAUUAAAGAACAUUCAACAGAAUGGUGCUUAUCUUGCUUGUUGGUGCAGAGUUGGAUGGACAUGAAGAUUGAGAUGAUCUAGGCACUUACAAGAGAAGUAUACAUGUUUUGCUUUUAUUAAAGUCUGAUAUGGUCUUGGAUUGGUUAAAUAUCGAGAUUGAGAUGUGCAAAGAACUUUCCAAGAGAAUAUUACUUCUUUUGCUUGAGCAAUUGUCUGUACUCUUCGUGGUAUAUACAACUAUACAUGGAGGCAUGCGUUCCUAGGGAACCACUGUGAUUUGAUUUAAUGUCCACGUGUUGUAAGGUGAGGAUAAAAUAUUCGUAUGGAAUUUUUACAAGACAUGCUGUGGCUCGUCGAGCUUCAUUCAAUUUGGUCCAUCAAUCUCCCACCACAAGUCAGAUGUGUAAUCUAAGACUAAUUUGAUUGCCCUUUGUUGUGGUAAAUCCCCUAUCACAACAAAUAUGAUUUCUGAAAUAUAAUAUCUGAAAAUGUACUCUUGAGACUAA